AUGACAAUUAUGAGAAUUCAAACAUUCAAGAACGGCAGUUCAAGAAGUGAGCAAGCCGUGAAGCAGUGUGGGACUCAGUUGGACAUCUACGCGAAGUGCGCCAGGAACGGUCAUUACAGCGGGACAUGGCGGAUGCUGGGCCCUCUUUCUCGACAAUUUCGGAGCCAGGAAACCCAGUCAAACUAUUCUCUACUCCCUCUGCGACACCGCCUAUUUCUCCAACUAAAGUUACCCACACAACUCGCGACCUUCCGCCUCCUGCGAAACGACCAAGGCUUGCAUCUACUCCUAGUUCUGUGCCCUCGUUAUCGAGAUCAACACCAACUUCGUCUUCUUCUGCUACAAAUGAAGAGCUUAAUGAUGCUAGGCGCGCCUCUGCACUACGCGUCCUCAACGUGUGGUCUCAACUGGAGGAGAGAUACGCGCGUGGAUUGGACGAGGACGACAUCAUAGACUUUCAGCACGAUGUCAUCAUCAAGGACAAAGGAGUGCUGAAAAAGAAGAGGAGGAUUGGGUUCGGAUCUCUUGCUGACAGUGCUCGAUUCGACGUGCCCAGUGCUGGAGAGGACGAUGAGCCUACAGAAGAAGAUGACGACGACGAUGUGGAUGAGAUUGAUGCUUUUGCACCAGGUAUAGAGGUAGAGGAGCAACUCAAGUUGAAGCUUCCACGUAGAUAUAUGCCGCCCAUAGGUGAAGUCGAUCCUGCGGACAAAGAGGACUUGCAGGCAUUUCUCGAGGCGGAUAGGCGGAUGAAGGAAAUGGGUGCUUUCGAUGAGGACAGUGAAGACGGAUCAGUGGCCGAUGUUUUGCAAGCUCUCGCAGAUGGCUUGUCCUCGACAUCCGACAUUGAAGACGGUUAUACUUCGUUCGAAGAGGAUUUGCCCGCCUCGGAAGGGGCUUCCCUUCCUCCAAGCAGCAGUUCUCCGCCUAGCAGCCCCAGGAGGACACCAGGCCCCCGUCCGUACACUGAUGAUGACUUCUCUGAUGACGAGCUUGCGAAAUGGGAAAGUGAAGAGGAACCCCCAGCGUUGAAGACGCCUCAACAAACGAAAAUAAUAUCUACGCCACCGCGCAUGUUCCCCGAAAUCAUUGACCUUACGUCCCCCUCACCUCAGAACACGCCACAGAAGUUAUCUUCACCACGAGGUCGCUCUAAGUCACGUCCAAAGUCACCGAGUUUAUCGCCAGUCAAGGCCACACCGAAAGCUGUGCCGCGGGCGAAAUCCAAGACCCCUGCACCCACAGUUUCGAAAACGAAAACUCCUGCUCGUGCAAAGUCCAAGACUCCCGCUCGAGAAUUAUCCUCCAGCCCGAUACGAUCUGCACCUAAGAGUUCUACACGAGCUAAGUCCAAGACACCUGCGCGAAGGAUACGUGCAGUCACUCCUCCGCCAGUGGCCAGUUCUUCUAAAGUGAAGUUGCCGACCCCACCGCGCUCCUCUUUGUCCCACUCUUCAAUCGUGGACGAACCGUCCGACAAUCCAUUUUUCGACGAUGUAUUCUCUCUUCCGCGUCGCUCACCGUCUCCUCUACCGUCUCCUCCAAAGCAAUCUACCUAUGUGAGGCCUAAGCCCAAACCACGCCGUAGGUCAACAGCACCACCAGUACCCAGAUCGGAUUCGGAGGAUAGCAAUGCGGAUGAACCGCCCCCUCCAAGUCGUGUACAUAACAAAACCGAAGAUGAUAUUGCGUCAACUUCCUCACCUACUGUGCGCAAGGCACAAGAUAAAUCGAGCAGAUCGGAUACGCCUCUGUCGGUGCCAGCUCGUAAGACAAAGGUGGUAGCAGAGGUCGUGUUGGCGCGUCGAUGCAAGAGCAGGGCUCCUUCAACUCCUCCGCCCCGACGCACACCAUCUCGUGAGCCGUCAUCGCCUAUUCAGUCUUCAUCUCUGCGUGGACGCGGUUAUACGACUGAUUCGAUUGCGAACGGAAGUACAAGCAAGGGGAAGAACAAGGUUAAGCCCAACAGUUCCCCUUUGACAGCGAACAAAUCUUCUCGUUUAUCGCCACCUGCCUUGCAACAGAAGGGUUCUGAUAGUCGAGCUAUAAGCUCAGAAAUUGACGACGCAACGCCUGCACCAGCGAAACGAGGAUAUAAACGAAAACGCGUGCUUUCGUUUACUUCGGACGAGGAUUCGGAUGACGUUCCUUUGGCAUCUUCCAGCCCUGUGAGAAUAACGCAACUGAAGGGGAAGACACGUACUGCGACUCCUAGUCCGCCUUCCAAAGGGAGAACAAGGGAAUCUAAUCGUCUUAAAGAUAAAUCGAGGGAAAAAGAAAAGGUUUCAAGCGAGGCUGUCAGUCCAAAACCACGUUCGCCUCCAAAGACUAAAUCGAAGAAAGUUUCAAGAAGAAGUCCGGAAAUCGUUUCAGAUUCUGAACCCGCUACCUCUCCACCAUCACGACGUUCAACCUCGAAAGCACCCCGUGCAUCAUCUCGAGCGCCAUCUCAACCUCAACCAUUCCCAGUAUAUCCUUAUUCGACUCCCCAUACCCCUCAACACCAGCAAAAUGACAAGCGACGCGGCCACCAUCAUCCGCCAUACCCUUCGAUGCCCAUGUUACCCAUACCCGUUCAUGACCCUCAGGCUCAAUUCCAUUUCGCGCAGGCGGUUCACCAUUUGGCUUAUCUCAUGGCUGGUUCUGCACCUCCUUUAGGUAGCGGAACAUCGUAUCCUCCAUACCACAUUCCAUGGCCACCCCCAUUCACACCUUCACACCAACAUAGACGAAAGUCACGACUUCAGGAGGGAGAGUCUUCCUCGCCUGAAGCUGGCCCGUCUACAUCGAGAAGUGACCCGGUGUCAACACCGACACAUACAUCCCACCCAUAUCCAUACUCGUAUGAUCCUAAUUGGUCUAGUAGUACUUUGCCACCUUCAUCACCACCACAGUCUUCGCCAUUACCGUCGUCGUCGCCGCCUACUUCACCUGUGCCAUUGCGGCCUGCUAUAAGGGAACGAAGCCAGUCGCGUGGCCGAAGGGUUUCAUUCAAACUGGAUGACGGUGACCGACCCCGUGUGUGGCCGGGCGAUGAAGAUGUUAUGAUUCUCUCGACGCCUGAUCGACUUGCGAGGGAUGCGAGUCCAGAAAUUCCUAUAGCUGCACCAAGUCGAUCCAGAAGGAGACGUCCGUCUGAAUCGGCCUCUCCGAGCCCGUUGAAGCCGAAGCGUGAGGCAGAACUGUUGCAGCCAGAAGCCGGCGGCAAAAGGGAACGAGGACAAACGCCUGGUCCUCCGGAGCGAAGUCGAUCCCUGACGCGGAGAUGAUUGUAUUACAUGGAGAGUCUAUGGGUGGUGCCAAGUACGUUGUCAAGUAGGAGUGUAUUUGCUUUCUGUAGCUGUUCGUUCAUUGCAAAGCUGUUGUAAUUUGUGCGCGGGGCCUGUUGUGUAAUUUUAUCUUAUCUAUUGUGUGACUCGUCACUGUCACGUACAGC